AAACCCGGAAAAUAGGAGGCGGCGAGACUUUUGGUGUAUCCCGUUCUGAGUGAUGUCUACUUGUUUAUAAUCCUGCCUUGAUCCCCGAGUGCUUGUGUGUUGUGGUACUCUAUCAUCCAUCCAUUCCAACCUACACCUCUCCUCUGUUAUUGUUACCAUUCUCACAUCUCAGUGAUACACUCAAUUUUCUUCCUCUUCAUCACAAUGGCGUCCACAGUCUCCUCCGUAAGCCCAAUGCAAGCCAGCAUCGAAGCAGCAGCCGACAACCUAUCCUUCGAACAGGGCCGUCUCCUUGUCCCCCCGGAGACCUGCCUCUCCACCCUACUCAAACAGAUCCUCGUCCAAUUCACCAACACCUACGCCCUCCCGGAUAGCAGUCAUGCCCUCCUCUCCCAGCCCUCCAGCCUCGACCGUAUCCUCAACUCCAUCUUCGACACCUCCUGCCUCGCCUUCGUGACCGAGAAGGAAUUCCGCAUCGAGGCUGGGCUAGACGAUCACGACAAGGUGACGCUGUUCGUCCAAGCUGUUGCGGGGAUGGCCAUGGUUUUUGAGCGGCUCUUGCGUGCUUGUUCUUCUUCUGUAGCUUUCGCAAACUCUGGGUCAGGAGACUUGACGACCAGUCUCCUCUCUAGGGAACUCCAGCUCUUUGCCGAGAGCGAGCAGCGCAGAACGAUGCUGGAUCGUAUCGGCGCGACGUCCUUGCUGAGCCAUUGCUAUACUAAGGACGAGCUGGUCAGCUUCGUGGUGGCAAUGGUGGAGGAUCCGGAUCGGGCGUCCCAGCAGGGCGGGAGUAGUCUGCUUUCGCUGAAUGCGGUGGGCGAGGAUUUGUCGAGUGAUAGUGUGGCGUGGGUUAGUGGUCGGACUUGUAAGAAUAUGGGGCUGCCGUGGGGGUUCACAAUUAUGGCGCUGAACUGAGGUUAAAUAAGACAGGAUGAGAAGCUGCGGUCUGUCGGUGGGUGGAUGAGUAAGGGGAAGGGAGAGGGGGGGUGUAAGCUGUGUUUUGGUUAUCUCCAUUCAGCGAUUUUAGAGCAAGGCGUCAAGGGGUAUCUUGGGGGAAUCUUCGGUAAAUACAUCACGUAAUAAUCACCGUUUGGUAAAGAAAACCGACCUAUGACUGCAUUCACGAGACAGUUUCCCGGAUCGCUCUGUGAUGAAUCGUACCUGCGCCUGAUCUCGAUUGGGUAUCGUGGACAUUCUUUCCGUAACUGAUUCCAUUAGGUCUAAGCCUUGACGGCCUGAGGGGCACCACCAGCCUGGGCGCUCGUCUGGACCUGAAUGAUCUCUGUCCUCUUC